AUGGUCCAAACACCUGAGCCGAAACUGUUUCGAUUGGAAUCGGUUCGCAAGGUGUUCCGAUGGAAAUGGGUUCGAUGCAAGCUGUUUCGAUCCAAAGGGCGUCAGAACAGUCAUGAUACUAUGCGCGAAUCGACGGUGGAGCCCUCAGAUAUCAAGCAGUCCACCUUGAGCCACCCCAGCAGUAUUACCCAGGCUCAUCCACAGACAGAUCAAUCAACAGAGGAUCAAUCCAGCCAGUAUGGCCUUGACUGGCAUCAUGGCGAGGCAGUCUGGACAGAAACACCAGAUAUCGACGCUAUAAAGGCACUGGUGGCCCACCGUGUCAGUGCUGUCUUAAAUACCAAAUCCCUCAAUGCGUCCGACAUCCACGUCGAAUUCCUCGGGAAUAGCGGAUACUACAGGCUAUAUUUAAUCUCCUCACCAAGACUUCCUCAAAAGUACUUAUUCCGAGCGACGCUGCCCGUGGAGCCCUUCUAUAAAACAGAAAGCGAGGUUGCCACGAUGGCGUUUAUCCGCAAGUAUACCGCGCUCCCUGUUCCCCUUGUCAUUGAUUAUUGCUCUUCAGCAUCCAACCCUAUAAAGUUCGAGUGGAUUCUGCAGGAAUGCGCCGAGGGAACCGCUCUAUCAGAGACCUGGGAUGAUAUGCCGUUCCAUAUCAAAGCCGAAUUUACCGUUCAGAUGCAGCGGCACAUGCAGCUGUUGCAGGACUUUGACUUCCCGUGGAUAGGAAAUCUAUACCACUCGCGCUGCAAGGACAGAGUCAAUGGACAGCCCGCCAAGUGGAUCCGUGUGUCGGAUGGUCAGGACCAGGACGACCCUGACUUUGUGAUAGGCCGCAUCGUGUCGCCUUGGUCGUUUCGGGGAAAACGACGAGAUAUAUUGGCUGACCGUGGCCCUUUUGUCAGUGGCUCGCAUCUCAUGCUCGCCAGAGCUGAUCUCCAAGAUGAAUACCUCCAGCAACUUGCCCUGGGCUCAACGGAUGAGUCCUGCAGAGUGCCAGAGCUACUGAAUUCUGAAUACAGUCGGGAAGUGUAUCAAUCAAUAAAGGCUUGGGAAGAUACACAUCCACAUCAUGAAGACGAGCACCGAGUCCUCCACCAUUCCAAUCUCUCUGACCGUGAUAUUAUCGUACAAAGUUCGAACUCUAAUCCGAUACAGCUCUCCGGAAUCAUCAACUGGGAGUCUGUGGGAACUGUGCCUACCUGGCAAGUAGACUUUCCUCAUUUCCUCAAAGGUCCAUCAGGUAGCGAACUGCAGAGUCGAUGGCGGCCGUCUAUGAGCGCGUCUGAUAGCGAGGCCUUGAUGAAGGACGGACAGAAGGUUGAUCUCCGGCAAAUCUAUGGAGAGCCUUUGCGGCCGGCUUUGACGGUUAAGAUUUCUCGGUGUUUACAAGAGUGUGCGGAGGCUCUCGAGCAGUUUGACCAGGCAGAAAGCUGUUGA